GUCAACUGUUUUGGAUGGUGUUUUCUUUGAUCGAAAACGUAAAAAUCAAACUAAAUAUUGGAUUUUAUCAAGAAUACAACUCACGGUUUUUAUUCUCGAUACUCGACCGGAUUUUUCAAAAAUGUAACUAAACGUUGAUGAAACUACACACAAAACAUGGAUGACAUGUAAAAACUCGAGUGAUAUAUCGCCAGUAGAAAAGCACAUCAUGCAUAAAUCAGUGGAAAAAUGUCCCGGUCUCUACUGUGGACGCACGAUACUGGCCAAUGGCUCACUGACGGAUUGUGGCGCGUGUUUACGGGGUUUUCGAGUAAACGCACAAUACGUCUGCUCGCCAUGUGAAAAGGACCUCACAUCACACGAUUGGCUGUACUUGGGAUUUAUGACUAUCCUGCCGUUGAUCAUCCACUGGUUUUGUAUCGAUUUAAAUGCACACCUUCGAAAGUUCACCAAAGGAGAACUGAUUCUGCACGCUAGCGCCUGCAUUGAGGUGCUCCUGUCCGCCUUCCUGACGAUCCUGUUCACCGACCCUCUCUGGCAGAUGCGAAUAAAUUCGUGCGGCGUUCAGAAACUUUCGGAUUGGUACACUUUGUUCCACAAUCCGACGCCGAACUACGAGACGACACUGUACUGUACGCAGGAAGCGGUCUACCCGUUGCAAACCAUGAUAUUCGUGUUCUAUCUGUUCUGCGUAACCUUCAUGAUGAUCAUACGACCUGGACUGAACGUAAAGUUCCUGCCGUACCGCGGAAAGCUGGCCGUCUACUACGCGCUCUACAUUUUCCCCAUCUUGGCGCUGCUUCACGCCGUCGCUGGUGGUCUUAUCUACUAUUCAUUUCCGUACCUAAGCAUACUGAUAUCGGUGGUUUCGAAUGCGUGGCAUUUUUCCAUAAAGCUUGAUCAAACGAUGAAGUCGCUGCUGGAAACAUCGACAACGCAGAUGAGAAACGCAACAAUCAUACUCGGCCAUUGGAUUCUAUUGGCGUAUGGCAUAAUAUCGAUCCCGUACGAUAUUUCCUAUUUUUCUCUGCUACUUGUGCCUGCUCCAGCACUCUUCUACGUCUUCACCGCCAAGUACACUGGUCCCGAUAAUUUUAAGUAGCCAUCCAUAUUUGGAAUGUAGCAGGAAGCGUAACACGUUUGUGA